AUGAAAUAAAUAUUAACAUAUACAAUCAUUUUUAAGAAGCUGCAAUUGUCAUUAAACGCGAAUAUCGACUUCAAUAUUGAAAUUAAAAGUCUAGAUAAAAAUGUGUCAUUGCUUAAAUACAUGAAGAUUAAUCAUUAAUAUGAAUAAUACAUGGAGGUGAAAUGCAUAGUUACAAAGGUUAAUCUCAAAUAUGAAGAAAAAAUUAGAAAAUUAAGUAUAGUCUUAAGUGAUGGAAAGAGUAAAAAGAUUGCCGGCUUUGUAUAAUUUGAUUUGUCUGUUGCUCUCAAUCUAAAUAUGAGAUAGAAAGAAUAUACUUUAAAUCUAAUUUAAUGUCCUGACACUAAAGCUUUUGUUGAAUUCACCUUGCUGAUCAAUUCAUUGAAUUUCGUGAAUCCCGAUAGCGAUAUAGAUUCUAUGACCUCAAGAGCCUUGAGCCAAAACGAAAGCCAGGAAAAAAGAAAAAUAAAGGUUGAAAAUGCUUAGCUGGAAAACGAACUAAUUAAAGUAAAAUAAGAUUUAUAGAUUGUUGAAGCUUAAUAUUAAUUUUUAGGUAGUCAAUACAAAUAGCUAUAAAUCUAAUUAGACGAAAAGACAAUUGAAAAUGCUGAUUUGCAGUACUAAGUCUAAUAAUUAUGCAAUUUAAAUACUGUUUGUAUUGAGAAAAUCAAAUAUUAUGAAAAACUCCAUUCUGAAUAACCAUAAUCAUAAAAAUAAAAAUGA